CGGCGGCAUUGCAAACAAUUUGUUGGCGUCCCAGUGCCAAAAUAGUUUUCAGUUUGUAUUGCGGCGCCCGAGCGUGCACAACGAUCGCGUUGAAAACAUAUAUUCUAUAUAUAGAAUUAUAGAAAAUCUAUUUUGGUUAACAAAAAAUAUUUGCCAAACGCCCGGAAAAAGUCAAAUAUAACGCAGUUAAAUAGAAAUCAAAUUCAAAUAUCUAUCUGUCUAACAAGUCGACAAGCAUUGAGAUAAUUUAUUAAGCUCUAUCGACUCGUGUUCCAAGUGAUGUAACAGACUUUGGCCCAGAGACGAGCGACAACUGGUUGAAGAAGCAGCAGCAGCGGUUUGGCAACUGCGUCGCAGUUUGUUUACAAAACAAAUCGUUUUCCAUCCGCAGAACAUGUCCAAAAAGUGCAGCGUACGCUCCUUGAGCGACAGCUCCCUGGCAGAGCUUGCCAAUUUGCUGGUGUCCACAAUUAGCUAUGUACAAUAUGCGCCCGAUGUCCAUCUGGACAUCAGCAUAGUGAUGGUCGAGCUGAACGAGUAUUUGGCCCAGGCGGGCGCCACAUCCAAUAUCUACCAGGAUUUGCUGCGCGUCAUACUUAGCUCCGAUUAUCUGGAGGCCAAUAUGCGUUUCACCUGCCUGCAAAUGCUGCUCAAUUGCGGCGUUCAUUUUCUGGUCACCGAGGUCUUUCCGCCCAGCUACUAUGAGAAGAUAUUGCAGGUGAUUGCCGCCCAGGGCGCCGGGCUGCGUGUCCUGAAUCUGAAGGGUAUUUGGGUGAAGGACGAUCACAUGCACUAUAUGUACGAGAUAGUGCGUCGUUGCAAGCAGCUAAUCAAGCUAUAUGUGCCCUAUAUAGCCAACGAUCAGCUGCUGGAGGAGAUUGCCGCCAACUGUACACGCCUGCAAAUAUUGGAUAUAUCGGGCGAAACGGAUAUCACAGAGAUUGGCAUCGAUUGGCUGGCCAAGGGCGCCUGCGCACAGUCGCUGACAAUUGUCGAUGUGGGCAUGCCCGGCGAGGAGAACAUUUGCUAUUCGGACAUAGCGCUAAUCCUGGAGAAUUGCCACCACGUGGAGACACUGUCCACCUACUCCUUUGUGGGCGCAGCGCUCAAAUUCAUACACGAUCACAUUGACAGCAGCUUCCAGUGCCGCCUGAAAUAUGCCCACGAUACGGCCACAGAUGAGGCCACGCUGAAUGUGAUGAUGCAGACAUGUCCGCAGCUGGAGACACUCUAUCUGGACUCACCGAAGCUGGGCGCAUUGCGCGCCCUGCAGACACGCACGUUGCGCAAAUUUAAGAUAUGUAAAUUUGUUGUCGCCGAGCUGCUGUCGCUGUUGGAGCGUCCGAUUGGACGCAAUCUGCGGCAUCUGACCAUGAUCAAGGGCACCGGCAAUCUGGAGCUGGGCAAACUGGCGCGCCUCUGUCCGGCUCUCAUUGAUCUCGACUGCUAUGUGCUCGAGAGCCUAUCGUAUGCCCAGACGAAGGCGCGUUUCCAGCAGCUGGAGAGCCUCGAGAUACUCAGCUGCGACAUGAUGACCAGCUCCCUGAAGGCGUUCCUCUGCAAUACAACGGACCUAAAGCGUCUCGCCGUGGAUUCUGUGGACUUUAACGACGAGGAUAUAGUUAGCAUGUUUGUGCAGCACGAUUUCAAGGUGCUGGAGGAUAUUUGGUUUACGCUGGCGCCAGAGCUCACUGUACAGGCCGUGGAGCUUCUUAUGGACAGCUGCCCGGAGCUGCAGUCUGUCGGCCAAUUGACCGGCUGGUCGCUGUCGCCGGAUGAUUUAUCGUUAAUUCGGGGACUGCUUAAAAGUGGCAAUUCUAGCCUUGUACUGACUUCAAACGGUUUAAUGGCCUGAAACAUUGUUUGUUUAUUAUUUGCCCAUUAAAAUCGCCUUUACUUAACGAAAACUGACAUGCAACGACGCCGCAUGGAACAAAUAUUUUUAUAAUAAUAAUAAUCUAAUUAAAUCUUGUAAAUUGUUUUGUGAUAUUAAAGUAAUAAAAGUUUGUUGUUUUUAAA